ACAAUGAUGCAUCAUGGGUAAUUAUUCCCUGAAAAUGGCGAUCUUGUAAUGUCUCAGAUUUACGAAGGAUCGAAAACGCGGUGAAAUUCGUCUAUUAACUACGUGUCCUGCAUUGAAAAAGAUACUGCUAUUACUGAGUAUUAGUGGGGUAAACGUUUUUGGUAGUUCACUAGAGUUUGGGCUCUUUCUUGAAGAUCUAAGAAGGUUUCUCAAGGCUGCAAACCUUAUGAAGCAACUAGACAGUGGAGAUUUUUGUAGUUUCGCAGAAUGGAGCAAGAAGGAAAAUUAGAGGAACAUCUGCAAGCUUCUACAGAAGAAUUGAUUGAGUUUCAGGGAGAGAGGGUGGGGCCUGAUGGAUCAGAAGCAGCGGUUGCAAGUCCAGAAGAUGAAAAGAUGAUUAGAGCAGACGGUGAUGAUGACGAUGGAGGGGAUGGAGAAGAGGAAGGGGCGGAGACUGAUGACAGUGGGGAGGAGGAUGAAGAUGAUGUUGAAGACGACGAAUAUGACGAAGAAGAUGAUGAUGCUGAAGAGGGUGAUGAGCAAGACGAAGAUGAAGAAAUGGAAGAGGAUUUGGGAGAUGAAGAUGAGGACAUUGAAGAAGACGAGGAGGAAUGGGAGAAUGUUGAUGGGAUGGAGAAAUGUCCUGUUUGUCUGGAUGUCUUCUGGGACAAAGAAGUUGGAUCUCCAGAGAGCUGUGAUCAUAUUUUUUGCUUGGAUUGCAUCUUGGAAUGGAGUAGGAACAUCAACACAUGUCCAGUCGAUAGGAGUUUAUUUCGAUCCAUCCUGGUCCGUCACUCCCUCCAUGGAGAAGUGGUUAGAAGGAUUGAAGUUGAUGAGAAGAAACCAGAGGAGCAAGAUGAGGAUGAUGCCACAUAUUGUGAGGUUUGUGGACGCUGUGAUAGGGAGGAUCGGUUGCUUCUUUGUGAUGGCUGUGAUGCCGGCUAUCAUUGUGAAUGCCUUGACCCACCACUUGUACACAUCCCCAUCGAAGAAUGGUAUUGCCCAGAGUGUGUAGCUCAAAACAGGCAUCAAGAAGAUGAUGGUAGCGAGGAAGAACCCGAAGUAACUGAACUUCGCACCUUACAGACUACUCAGCACGUGGGUGAACGCUCAACAACUCUUCGACGACGUCAUGUGACCCCCGCCAGAGCUAUUGCGCGGACUCAUGUCAGUGAACGCGUCCGAGCAAGGAUUACCCGGGCAAGAGCUGCUGAGCGCGAAGUUGAACAGCGUUUAUCUGGAACCAGCAGCACAGCUAGGAGAAAACCUGUUAAGCAUAAGACGACCAAGAAACGCAAGGCUGUUAAGAAACAAACCACAAAAAAGAGGAAGGUAUCGUCAAAGACGACUACGUCAUCUGGGAAGAUAAAAAGAAAACGGAAAAUAAAGAAAAAGAAAAAACGAUCCAAGAUUAAGAAACGUGUAACCAAGGCUGCGGUUCCAAAGACAAUCCGUGGAAGGAUUGCUGAUAGGUUGAUGCUAGUCAAGCCUCGCACUGGAAGCAUGAUGCCUGAAGUAAAGGUCAAAGGUCAACAGACACUAGGAAUCCGGAGGAGCGAGAUUGGAGCAGCAACGUUGAUGAUCACUGGUAGUGAUAACCUACUUGACAUCAGUGAGACAGCAUCCACAGGUACAUCUGAAGCAGCUACAAGUAGCGUACGCACUCCCCAAUUUGUUUCCUCUUCAUCAACCUCCGAUCUUCUUGGAAGUAUCAUUUCUGGUCAAGACAUGCUGCAUAUGUCAAGCAAAGAUGUCACCAUUAACAGGGAUGGAUCUUUAACCAAGAUUGGUCAUGACAAAGAAUCAAAGUCAAGAAAGCACUCGCCCUACCAAGACAAAGGACAAAACCCUGGAGAUAAAACAAGUCCAAAACAAAGCAGUACUUCCCCCGAUGACCAUAAGAGGAAAGAAAGCCGAGAUCAAGUGCUUCAGUCCGCCAAGGAUGGAGAGAAACGUACGCGAUUCCAGGCAGAGCUGGAGGAGGAUCGUGAGAGAAAUGUGACCCUUGAGAAAGCUAAGGAGGAUAGUGAAAUUUGGAGGGAAGUUACAGGAACAGGUCAAGGUAGAACACAUGAGGAGAAAUAUCUUGAGGGAAGGGGAAAGAAUCGAAUGGCUGAAAGGAGACAUUCCAAGAAGAAUCUGGAUUCAGAAAUGAAAAGUGAUGAAGAUUCUGGUGAUGAAGAUAGUGGAGAGGUGGAAGAAGUGGAAGAAGAAAUGGAAGAUCAAGAUGAGAUGUAUGGUGGGUGUUUUCUCCUUGGGCAAGCAGAUGUGGAGAAAGUUCCCAGAAAACAUGAUGGAUCCAUAACCUGCCGAGUGUCGAGCAGCAGCUUUGAGGAGUCCCCGUCUGAAGAAGAAGGUGCUUUACAUGGGAUAAAAUCUUCCAAGAGGUCUUCUGGAAAGGAGGGAGUUAUCAAAGAUCCUCAGAAAUCAAAGCAUCAAGAUCGUAAGAGCUUGAAGGCCAGAGGAGAUGAGGCUAGAAAGGGAUCUGGAAGAUCAAGGCGGAAAUCAUCAUUGGAAGAGGGUCUGAUUGAUGAAGAUGAAGAGGGGAUGCAGCCUAAGAGGAGAUACUCACUUUCUGAGGAGGAAGGCUUGAUUGAAGAUGAGCAAGAUUUUAAGAUGAGAGUUGAGAAACAGCGCCAGACUUCACUUUCAGAUGAGGAAGGACUAAUUGCAGAUGAUGAGGACGGAAGUAAAUCAAAACUGUCCAAGGAAAUGAGGAAACAGGAAAGCAGUCGAGGACGUGCUGGACAUUCAUCAGCAGAAGAAGGAGAAGUCAAAACUGAUGAGGAGGACGGUCCUAGUAGUUCUCGGAAAAAAAGAAAACAUGAACGCAGACGUGAGCGGAAUAGGAAGGACACUCGCACUGUAGUUAUCGAUUCAGAGAUGUCAUUAACAAUUCCAAAGAGACCACUGGUGGAAAUUCAGAGAGAGAAGAUGAAGGCCAACCCUAGAAGCUCAGAUCCGCCCUUAUUAAGAGAUAGGGAGUUUGAUCGUCCUGGGGAACGGGGUGUAUUUAGUGAUCUCAGACAUGUCAUUCAAGUAAAGAGAGAUGUUCCAUUUAAGAGACCAAGUCGCUAUGAGGCUUAUUGGACAGAACUAGAAAGACGAAGGGCCAUGGAAGCCCAGUUGGCAGAGAAAUCAGUAGCAUGGGAACGGCAUGGAGACUACGAGAGACCAUACCUGUAUGAGGAGGAUUGGAACAGGAUGAUGCUAGAACGCAAACCUCUGGAACAUCAGUGGGAGAAUUUUACCAUCCAUCGAGAGAGGUCACCUACAAAUUGGAGAAAAGAGCGGGAUGUGUUAGAGGGAAGGGUUGAGACAGAGAGGCGGAUUGAGAUGCCUCAACAGUUGGACCUUGAAAGGAGGUUUGAAACAAAAAGAAGAGAAGGGUCAGAGCAGAAGAUGACAUCUGAUCGGAGGUUGCCUGAACAAAAGAUGGAAGCUAAGAAAAAUCCAGAACGGGAAAAGAAAUCAGAUUCAUCCCGAAUCAGCUCCAAAAAGGUGGAAGCAGACAAAGAAAGAAGUGAUCAAAGGAAAGUUUCAGACUCCAAAAGAGAAGAAAGACAAAAGAGUGAUGUUGAAAGUAAGACAACGCACAAAGGAGAUGGUAAUCGGAGACACAAUCCUAAUCCAGGAAGUAAGAAUGCUCGACAGAAAUCUGAAGAUGGUAAGAGAGAAUCUAAUCCUAAGGGUGAUGCCGGGCUUUCCGAGGAGGAUCAUCGUCCACAUAAGAAAAACAGAGAGAGGCAGGAGAAGGGAAAACACAAGAGUAUUACAGGCACAAAGAAACACAAGGAAGGAAGCAAAUCAGACUCGCAUAGUAAACAGGCAGAGUCUUUGAAAUCUUCAGGCAACAGGGAUAAGGAUUCACAUAAGGACAGACACAGAACCUCAAAGCAAAAAUCAGAGACAGAUUCUUCCAAAGGUAGACAUGAGAAGGAGUCCUUACGUGGAGGAGGCAGAGAACAUUCUAAAGAACACUCACAUGAGAAGGAUAGGUUGGAGAAGCAUGAUCGGUCAUCAUCCAGGGGUAAGGAUCGCUCCAUGGCUGAGAAUAAACACCCUGCACAGAAACACAAGCAGUGUUCUGAAUCUCACAGCAAGGAAUGCUCGACCUCACAAGGCCGGUCUGACCGCUCUAGCAAACAUUCACAGGAUGGACAUGUCCACGAAUGGAUGGAAGCUCACAGAAACACCAGUGACAGCGUGAAUUCUGAUAGACACAAACGAGAAAGUGGUAAAAAAGCAGACCAUGCCUCUGCCUCACAUGAAAAAGAAAAGAAUCUCUCUAAAGAUGGCAAUAAAAGCAAAGAAACAGGAAGAUUGGAGAAAACUAACAUCCAGCAAGCAACGAGCACGAGCGACCAACAGAUACCUGCCCAGGCGAAGUCAACCAAACGUAGUAUCAGGCGGGCAUGGAGCCCAAGUACAUCACACACGGGAGAAACAGAGGAUGAAUAUGAAACAAGUCAGCUAUCUUCCAAGCAGCUGCCUAUCACAGUGCCUGCCACAGAAAUGGUUUCUGAUAAACCAGUGCUUGAAAAAGUGAAGAAGAAAAAGAAGGAUAAAACCAAGAAAAUGAAAAAUAAAUCCGGGGAAAAGGAAAAAGAUGGCAUAAAAGGCAAGAAGGUGAAAAAGACGAAAGGUAAGGGUAAGAAGCAGAAGGUUGUUGAGCCAGAAAUUACUGAAACUGCUAAAGUUGUCACAGAAGAAGUGAAAGAUGAUCAACCACCGGAGCAGGAACUUGAACUACCCACAGAACAUCCAGAAGAGUCUGAGGAAACACCCCCUGAAAUCACUGAGAGCAAAAGACCUGCGCCAUCUCCCAUUAGAGCAGAACCUGCUAAGAAAGCUAGAAUAGAAGAAACCCCCCAAGACACACCAGCAGAUAUCCAAAACAAGACAGAAAAUGAAAAUGAUGCAAAGGAUGAAGAUUCUUCAUCUGAUGUUGAAAUGGUCAUUGGGCCGGUGAAGAACAUUUAUGAUGAAAUUAUUGAUUUGAGUCAAAUUUCUUCCGAUGAGGAAACUUUUCCGCAAAUGGCAACCUCUUCAAAGCAAGGAAAAGACAAUACUCUAUAUGAUCCAUUUGAACCAACAGCAUCUCCUGAAACUAUAAGUUCUCCAGAUGUUUCUGAAAAAACAGUUAGUGUGAGACACUCUAGGAGGUCAAGGGAAAGAAGUCCUUCCCUUGAGAGGAGAAGUAAAAGAAGCCCUCAGCCAAGAUCAUCUCCUAGGCGACGAUCAAGCCCUCACAGACAAAGAAGUGUGUCUCCAAGGAGGAGAAGUCCACCGCGACAAAAGGGCCAAUCCAAAGACCAUGGGUAUUCCUCAAGAAAACAAAGUAUUACUCCACCUCGUAAAAGUCUCCAAAAGCAUAGAAGUCCAAGUCCGAGACGAAAUGCCUCUGUUCAUAAACGUACUCAUUCACCAAGGAGGAGUCCAUCACGGUCUCGAAGGAGGUCUCCUAAAAGGCAUCUCUCCCCUCGAAAGCGGAGUUUGUCUCCAAGAGAGCAGAGCAGUGCUAAGAGAAGGAAAGCAGAACCACAAAGAAGACAUAGCAUAUCUCCAAGAAGAAAUAUGUCACCCAGAAGACGGAAAGCCUCUCCAAAGAAAAGCAUCUCACCACGGAGAAGACAGAUAUCUCCACGGAGACGAAGCAGGUCACCAAGAAAAAGGAGCUCAUCACCAAGACGUAGACCUCCUCCAAAGAGAAGAUCUGUUUCUCCCAGAAAACGAAGCAUCCCGCUGAGGAGGCGAAGCAUUUCUCCAAGACGGCGGAGUGCCUCCCCCAAAAGAAGACACAUGUCACCCACAAGAAGGGAUCCUUCCCCAAGACAGCGAAACAUCUCUCCCAGAAAGCACAUACCAGAAUCUUCAAAAAGGCAAAAUGUAUCUCCUAGAAGGAGAAGUGUAUCCCCACAUAGACGAGAUUACUCUGCAUCUCGAAGAAUAUCUACUAGAAAGAGUGUCUCCUCUCGAAGCUCUUCAUCUAGCUCCUUAAGCUCAAGGAGUCCAAGUUCCUCAAGUACCUGGUCAUCGUCUUCUGAUAGUUGGAGCUCUUCGUCAUAUAGCAGAAGUCGUUCAUAUAGCAGAACUCCUUCAGAUAGUAGAAGCCCGUCACCCAGAGUCCGAAGAUACUCAAGAGAUCGAAGCUCCUCCUCCUCAUCUCACUCAGAAAGCAGUGUCUCAUCUAAUCGAAGCACAUCCCUAGAAAAGACCCCACCUAGAAACCGGUCUCCAAGUCCCAAAAGACCAACUGCAGUUCUUCAUCAAAGUCCAACUCAAACAAGUCCUGAAUAUAGACAACGGAUCACAUCUGCACCCGAGAGGACCUCACCAGUGCAACCCCGUCAGGAGCUUCCAGACAGCACUCAGGGGUCAUACAGAUUGGCACCACCAAGUCCAACAUCACCAGAUCAGACUUUAGCACCUGCUACCAGUACAACAGACUCGCACCUGGCCUCUAAGGCAAGUAGUCAAAUAAGUCACAUCCUUGGGCAGCUAGCGAGUAACCCAGCUAUCCAGUCAGCACUCAACUCAGCAAACUUGAUGAAGAGUCAGAGAGACCCUGAAAAUUCAUCAGAGGGUUCCAUCUCAGGAUUUCUAAAAUCCAGCGAGACAUCUUUCACAUCGCCACCAAGCAGACCACUAGAGAUAAGAGAAGAGCUGGAUGACAAGGGUCUACACACUCUUGCUGAUGUCACUGAAGACAACAUUGAAUCAUCUGCUGUUGACCUGUACAACAAAAACUCCCGUGAGAGGUAUCUGAAGAAGUUACAGCACCAGGAGCGUGUGGUAGAGGAAGUCAAACUAGCCCUGAAACCAUACUACCAGAAACGAGAAGUCACCAAAGAAGACUACAAAGAAAUACUACGAAAGUCUGUCAAUCAAGUGUGCCAUAGCAAGAGUGGAGAGAUCAACCCUGUCAAGAUCAAAAGGCUCAUUGAGGGAUACAUCAAGAAAUUCCGCACCAAAAAAAAACCGGAUGAAAAGAAAGACACGGGCAGACCAGACCUUGCCUUCCGUUUGCUGACCAAGAGUUGAAGAGCACCUGUCCCAUGAGUAAUGAUUAGAUCGUUUUAUUUCAACUGAAAGUUAUCACCCUGAUGGGUCCAAUUUGAUCAAGUAGCUCCCCAUUUCUUAACCUUUAGACUAAGGAGACUUACCUGUGGCCAGUGCUUGCUUAUUAGAAGGUGCUUUAUUUUUUAGCAUCUGCUUUGCGGCCCAAUAUUGAAGAUUUCUGUUUUUGAUUUGUAACUCAUUUUUCAUAGAACAGUGAUAAAAACAUAAGAAACAGGUGGCAAUCGGGGGAGGAAAUCCCCUUUGUUAUCUGGUGUGUGAACAUGUUUUAAGUUUAGAGAAUCAAGCGUUUUAGAUGGCUUGGCUGGAUUGUCAUUAAUCCAGUCAUUUUGCUAAAAAAUACUUGUACGUUCUUGUGAUAACGUUUUCCUCUAAUGGAAGAUAAUUUGAGACAAAAUGAAAGACAACAAGUCUCGUAAAUUUAAUGUGUAUUUUAAUUGUCAUUAAAUUCAUUUGCUUAUACCAUUCUCUAGUUACAUCUGUUAGAAUAAUUAAUUUUGAACUUUAUAGUCUAGGUAUCUGUAGGCAAACACUGCCUUUUUCUUAUCCUGGAAGAAGAAUCCUCAACAUGAUUCAUGUAUUGUAUACACAAAUAGUGGUUUGUACUGUCUUACCUGUGUAAAAUGCUGUUAUUGAUGAUUGAAAGUUGUCAGAUCUUGAGAAAUGUAGUUGGUCACAUGAAUUCAGUGAUAACAUUGAUAUAUUUUGCACCUGCUAAUUAACACUGACAGUAACAGGUAAGGAAAUACAUGUAUGUCAUGUUCCCAGUGGUCUGAAAUUUCAACAAUAACCUCCAAUCAAAAUGGAGAUUUGUGUU